UAAUAUGAUGCUGUGAGAGCAAUGUUGGCCACUCUGCUUAGGAAAUGGUCCUGUCUCUUUAAAUAUGCUUGCAGUAAUUCCUUGAACAUGCAUAUGGUCAUAAAAAAGAGAUAAAGCUUGAAGUCACCCACACAAACACAGGCAUUUUGAAUUAUACAGCAGCAGCUUCCUGUAUUUUACACCUGCGGAGGGGGAGGGAGGCUCAGCCAGUCCAGAACACAGAUCCUGGCUAGAAGAGCAACAACAACUUCUCUACAUCUUUGCUUUUCUUUUCUUUUUCAGUUCUUCUUCCCUGCAUUGGUCUUACAUUUGUUGUUUCUAACUAAGAAUGCUAUUGCACAUCUUGUGUGUGGUGUGGUCGUCAUCUGUCAUUUUUCUGCAAGGCAGGUCUGUUCUCUGUAAGGAGAUGAAGCUCCCCAGCAGGGCAGCCAAGCCCCCCUCUCCAUCAGACUUUCUGGACAAACUAAUGGGACGCACAUCUGGCUAUGACGCUCGCAUCAGACCCAACUUCAAAGGUCCCCCUAUCAACGUCACCUGUAACAUCUUCAUCAACAGCUUCGGAUCCAUCACUGAAACAACUAUGGACUACCGGCUCAAUGUAUUUCUGCGACAGCAGUGGAAUGACCCUCGACUGGCAUAUAAGGAGUACCCUGAUGACUCCCUGGACCUGGACCCCUCAAUGCUGGACUCCAUUUGGAAACCUGACCUGUUCUUUGCAAAUGAAAAGGGAGCAAACUUUCACGAGGUUACAACAGAUAACAAGCUGCUUCGGAUAUUCCAAAACGGAAAUGUCCUCUACAGCAUCAGGCUGACACUUACCCUCUCCUGUCCCAUGGAUCUGAAAAACUUCCCCAUGGACAGCCAGAAGUGUACGAUGCAGCUCGAAAGCUUUGGCUACACCAUGAAUGAUCUUAUUUUUGAAUGGCUGGAUGUGGGAGCAGUGCAGGUGGCUGAUGAUCUGAUGCUCCCUCAGUUUGUGCUGAAAGAGGAGAAAGGCCUGGGCUACUGCACCAAGCACUACAACACAGGUAAAUUCACCUGCAUUGAGGUCAAAUUCUACCUGGAGCGUCAAAUGGGCUACUACCUGAUUCAAAUGUACAUACCGAGCCUGCUCACCGUUAUCCUGUCCUGGGUGUCGUUCUGGAUCAACAUGGAUGCAGCUCCAGCCAGAGUGGGUCUGGGGAUCACUACGGUGCUUACCAUGACAACACAGAGCUCUGGCUCCAGGGCCUCUCUACCAAAGGUGUCCUAUGUGAAAGCCAUAGACAUCUGGAUGGCGGUGUGUCUUCUUUUUGUGUUUGCUGCACUACUGGAGUAUGCAGCCGUUAAUUUUGUUUCACGCCAGCACAAGGAGUUCUUCAGACUGAGGAAGAAGCUCAAAGAGCAACAUCGGCAGAGUACUCAGGGAAGCAGUGACAGUAAGGUGAAAGGAAAAAACACGUCAGGCAACAAUGCUCCUCAUGGGAACGUAGCCCUGCAGUGCACUGUCUGUGCCAGGGAGGAGGAGCUGGCACAGCAGGGAUUACUCUUUCAGAGUUUUGGACUUGCACUGUCAACAGGAAGUGCACCUGAAAUGGAUGCGACACCAGUCUUUGCCGAUUUACCUCCUGGUUUAGGUUACUAUGACAUCCGUAGGCGCUUUGUCGAUCAAGCAAAAAGGAUUGACACCAUCGCCCGAGCUCUUUUCCCCAUGAGUUUCCUUAUGUUUAAUGUCCUCUACUGGCUUACCUACAAAGUUUUACGACAUGAAGACCUUCUAGCUGCGCUGUGACAAGCCAAUGACUGAGGACCAUAAAGACAUGGGUACCUUUAAUUCCGCUCUCUUCACUGAAACAUUUACAGGCUGAGAGUCCUCAGCUGAGCCAUGUAAGAUGCAUUUUGACUGCAUGUCCAGUCCAUGGCAUGGAAGAGUCCAUCCGUUUCUUUAAAUUUUUAACACUUCCAAAGAAACACACUUUUUUCUCAGCACUUCUGUUACUGUAGCCUCACCGUAGCACAUUCUUACCAGGCGUACAUUUUCUAUUGUAAGUUUACUAAUGCCAGUGUCAAAAUAUCACUACAAGCAGGAUUCAUACUUUGAAAAAGUAGCAACUCUUAUAUGCUUUAUAAGCCUGGGAAAUGCAUUUAUCAAAAAUAUUUAGUUUCUUUUCAGGCUGCAGAAAUCCAAGAUGGAAUGCUAUUUGUUAUGACAUGACUACUAUUUAUCUGUUUACAUUUUGAACCCUCCAAUAGGACGUCUGUAAUAAAGACUGAAAUAAUCUGUUUUUGAAACGUGUCUCAAUUUUAAAUUCAGGUAUUUAAUGCCUAAAAAAGAAAAGGAUACAUUGUCCAGAGAUUUUCACAUGCCACUAUGUUGAUAUAAUGACAUGGCUCACGUAUAGCCAAAUAUAUAUAGAAUAUCUUUUUUAUCAUUAUUUAACCUCAACCAUCUUAGUGCAUACUGGCCAGAGAAUAUCAACGGUGCAUGAGAACAGUUAUCAUAACAUACUGAUUAACUUGUACUAAAUUAUGCUUAGGCCUGCACAAUGGGUGUUGUAUUAGUGUUUAACAAAGCCCAUCUAAAUUACACACUGAGAAAGAUUUUCUUGUUGAUGUUUUUUGGCACAAAUGUAUCCCUGAACUUCUUUGUUGGUCAAUAUAAAAUAAAGGAAUGCUUCAAUUUGAAA